AUGAAAUCGCUCCUGUACGCCACCGUGCACCGGAGAGAGCACCCCGUCGACGACGGUGCCGCCGGCCAUCCUCUCAACAGCUGGGGCCCCCAUGAGCUCAUCAAGUUCUUCGAGUACCAGCUCUACACAGGGGACAAGCUCCCGGACCUGGACAAACUCCCGGACCCUCGGCACUUCGCCACGCAUGUCCCCUUCGUGUCGCUGCCGAGAUCCGUCGUCGCCACGCCGGGCUGCAAGAUCGUCUACGUGUGCCGCGACCCCAAGGACCACCUGAUCUCGCAGUGGGACUUCGCCAACAAGUUCAGGGUCAAGGACGGGCUCGAGCCCCUCCCCCUGGAGGACGCCGCCGAGCUGUUCUGCGCCGGCCUGUCGCCGUUCGGGCCGUACUGGGACCACGUGCUCGGCUACUGGGGCGCGCACCGGGCGGACCCCGACAAGGUGCUCUUCUUCAGGUACGAGGAGAUGCAGAGGGAUCCCGCAGCGCACGUCCGCAGGCUGGCGGAGUUCGUGGGCCUCCCCUUCAGCUCCGGGGAGGAGGAAGGCGGCGUGGUGGACGCCGUCGUGGCGCUGUGCUCGUUCGAGCGCAUGAGGGGCAUGGCGGCGACCAAGGGUGGCAGGACGGAGCUCUCGUUCGGCGUGGUGCCCAACAGCUCCUUCUUCCGGCAGGGCGUCGUGGGGGACUGGGUGAACCACCUUUCGCCGGAGAUGACGCGCCGCAUUGACGCGAUCACUGCGGACAAGUUCAAGGGUUCGGGUCUCGUCGUCUAG